AAUCCGAUGUGAAAUGUCAGUUCAAUUUGAUUUUGGGUAGCUACAAGAAAAAACAGCUACUUACACAAAAGCGCAAUUUUGUAGCAUUUAUACUGUCGAUUGUACCUGUACAACUUCAAAUUCUAUUAGGAGCAAAAAAUGGAGAAGGCUGAAAAUUGGCAAAGCAAAUACUGUCUAGAGUCUAAACAACAUCCUCAGCAGACUACUAUUGCACUGUGCUCGUUUAUGGAGCAGCAGAACUUCGUGGAUGUAGCCAUUUGCUGCGAAAAAAGGGUUCUACACGUUCAUAAAGUGGUUCUGGCUGCUAACAGUGCCUUGUUUAAGGAAGAAUUGGAUAAAAAUUCAUCUGUCGACCAUGUGGUGAUCACAGGAUGUGAGUUUUCUGUGGUGAAAUCCUUAGUGGAGUUCAUGUACUGUGGAUCGACUAUUGUAUCAGAUGAACAUCUCAAAUAUUUUGUUGCGGCAGCCAGGACAUUACAAAUGAAAGCAUUGGAAAAUCUGACACUUGGCUGCCCCUUACCUGCCGACAUGAUAGUGAUUCCCAAGCCCCAGUUUCUCUCCAAAAAGCCCAAAUACCCUGCGCCAGUUUCGUCCAGCAAUCUGUACAUUCCCAACAAAGACGAUAGAAAGCUCCGUAUAGAAGCUGAACACCGAGCAUGUGUUAAAGAAGCCGAGGCUAGUAGAUCGGCUAUUGCUAACCUGACAAAAGAGAUCGUAUCUGCUCCACAUGCUAAUACUUUCAUCAUUGACGAAACUUGCUCAGAGACCACAGUUGAGAAUUUCAUCUCGCAUCCCACAGUAGGAUUUGGUGCUGGUCAAGUGUUUUUGCCCACUGACCCAAAUGUGUCGAACAAUGUCAUUCAGUCGACCAUACCCAGUAGCUCUGAAGAACUUACUGCUGAUAAGAUAAAGGAUCUAUUGGGAAAUGAAGCCAACUCUAGUGUGAAGAUACUGUUCAAGACCAGUGAUGAAAGUUUCGUCACUGUUACUGACGAAGCUCUCCAGAAUCUUCAGAAGGAUGGUCUGCAAUAUCAAGUGAUAGGCGAAGAUGAAAAAUUAGGCGACGUUCAGGAAUUGCAACUGACUAAGGAUAUGACCAAUGCGGCAGCUGAAGAUAUACCACUUUUUCCGGAAACGUUUGAUCUAUUCGGCAAUGCUCAAACAGACUCGGCAAAUAUCAUCAUUGAACCAUGUAAAGUAGUGGAUAACGCUGAUAUGCUUUUUGCUGACUGAUAACAAGAGGAUUUGUUUCAAUGCUCAAACAGACUCGGCAAAUAUCAUCAUUGAACCAUGUAAAGUAGUGGAUAACACUGGUGCUUUGAUCGAACCGGAAAACAGUAGGGAUACUUUCACUGGACACUGAAGGGUUGAAUGAGAGCUAUUCAGUCGAAAGCAUAAAGGAAGCAUUCCUUCUACGCGAGUACGAGUACUGAUCAGGAGGAAGAUACAAGUUUGGACUUUUCUCCUGAUAUGCUUUUUGCUGACUGAUAACAAGAGGAUUUGUUUGGAAGAAAGAUACCUCGAAGCAGUGACAUGUUGUUUGGUUUUUAGUUGUUUGCAGGGAUAAAUUGUAUUCAUUAUUUGUUUUAAUAAAAACAAUUUCAUGAUUACAGUUAUUGUUUU